AGGAAGGAGAAGAAGGUCCGAGAGGUAGCUGGAGAGUAGUUCACUCCAUCUCCGCCUCCCUUCCCACGCCUCCCUCCUUCUCCUACUCCCCGCUUCCUCUCCGUGAAGCAACGCGGGCAGCUAGGGCGAAACCCCCCACAAGGAGCCGCGGGCGUCGCCGUCUUUCAAUUCCGUGGGUUGUCGUGUCCCUUUCCUCAUCGGUUUCCGAGAUCUCUCCGGUUGGCGUGCGAGAUUUGAGGCCCCUUGAGUUGGGGAGAAGCGAGCGGAAGAGGAGGCCCCAGAAGCGCAGCUGUUCUUUGGCGUCUGGAGCUGUCCGCCUCUUGAUUUGAUCCGCCGCCGCCAUGGCAGCGCCGGGAGGGCUCGAGCAGUGGCAGAAGGAUGGGUUCUUCCAGGCUGCCGAGGAGGUGCAGGAGUCGGCAGACCUGAUGGAAUCUACUUAUAGAACCUGGAUGCAUGAGCGUAGCAGUAGAGCUAGUCCUGAGGAGCUAAGCGAUUUGCGAAGGGAGCUCCAGACGGUUUUAGGGACCGCAAAAUGGCAGUUGGAGCAAUUUGAAAGAGCUGUAAGAUCGAGCAAUGAUAAGUAUUCAUUGGAAGAGGGUACAGUGGCCAGGCGUCGGCAGUUCAUUGUAGCAAUUGGAGACCAGAUUUCUCGAGUAGAGAAAGCGACAAAUGAUUCUUCAAUUGAGAAUGGCAGGCGAGGAAUCAACUGGGUAAAGUUAGAUGAGGGUGAGCAAGAUGAUCUUGUAGCUUUCCUUUCAGCACCUGCACAGUUAUCGGGAGAAACGAGGAAAAGAGAAAGUAGUUACCAUAGUCCGCCCGGGCAAAAUAAUGUGCUAGUUGGUGCGGACAACCAUAGGGACAUCACUGCGAUCAGUAAAGACCGACAUACAUUUGAAGCAUCACCCAUGGAAAUUUCCGAUGUUGAGAGUGAAGUUCGCAGUCUAGCCGAGCAGCUAAAUGCCCACAAAACAAAUUUGAGUUCUAGUGAUGAUCAUUGGAAGAUCAAUAUUGCUGAUGAGAAGGAUGAUGGAAAGAAGUUGUCCCCAAAGAGGAUUGAGGUGUCAAGCCAAACUACUACUUUGUCCGGUAUCCUCAAAAGCACAGAAUCUUUAACAAGAGUGAGAUGGUUCAGGAAUAGCUUGUGGAAACCCAAGAGUGAUGAACAUCUUCCGUUAAGAUAUGAUGUGCCUAACCACCUUGACUUCAGGAGUAUAACCUUAUUAGCACAGCGGUUUAAUGGGCUAACUGAAAGAAGUAGGAGUUGUUUCAACAGUUGGAAGGAAAAUUCUAGAAUUUCUGGAAGAACCGGUGGGCUUCAUAUACAAAGCCAGCAACAUAAUACUCAGUUUGGUGGUCGUUCGAUUCGGAUCACCCUCUUACUGGUGUUGAGUAUCUUUCUGAUUGUACCAUUUCUCAUCUGCUCUGCGUGAAAGGCUCAGAUUGGUGUUUGCUGGUGAAGGUGCAUUGGAACAUUUUAAAACAACUCCUGUGAUCCAAAAAGCAUCCUGAACUGUGUUUCAGAUCGUAUCGGUGCUAUUCACAUGCUUGGGCAAGUCAAGUGGGUGGACUACAUGUGGCACGCAUAUAGGAGACGAAAACAGAAGCUAAAUGGCGAAGAUUUUAUAUGUGCUAUCCCUAAUUUCAAGAUGGAAAAUUUGCUGUGGCCGAUGGAUAAUCUUCCUGAGAUAAAUCCGGGUUGUGGCUAAUUUGGAAUCUGUUGUGAUGGAUGAUUUCUGCCAAUUGGAGGCAGCUCUUCUUUCUCCUCGGCAGUAACCAAGGCAACUGUAAAAAGAUGUAGAGCUGCUGGAAAAGAAAAAAAGGAGCAAAUUAAUGUGCUAUAUGAACAUAUACUUGUGUGCCCACGAGUUCCAGUGAAAUAAAACGAUCCGAAGGUUAUUCAUUCUA